UUUUACUCUCAUUUCAAAAAUCUCUCCUUCCCCUCCCCUGCACUGCAAGUCUCCCUCCCGUGCAUACGCAUCUUAUUCAUAUUCAUUUCUUCCAUUUCGAGGCGUUUUUCAUUCUCUCGUCGGACCUCCGAGCAAUGGUGUUGACUGGGGACAGGUCGGAGAUUGUGUUCUUCGAUAUAGAGACGACGACACCCACCCGACCCGGACAGGGUCACGCGAUCUUGGAGUUCGGCGCCAUUCUAGUUUGUCCCAGGAAGCUCGUUGAGCUGGAGAGCUACUCCACCCUGGUCCGACCCGCUGAUCCUUCGCUCAUGUCUAACCUCUCCGUUCGCAGCAACGGAAUUUGCAGAGACGCCGUCGAUUCUGCGCCUACUUUCGCUGAUAUUGCUGACAAGGUCUACGACAUUCUCGACGGGAGAAUAUGGGCAGGUCACAACAUAUUGAAGUUUGAUUGUCAUCGGAUUCGUGAGGCUUUUGCUGGGAUAAAUAGGCCAGCUCCAGAGCCUAAGGGUACAAUUGACUCACUUGCCCUGCUGACUCAAAGGUUUGGACGGAGAGCUGGAGAUAUGAAGAUGGCAUCUCUUGCUACUUAUUUUGGUCUUGGACAACAAAAACAUAGGAGUUUAGAUGAUGUUCGGAUGAAUCUUGAAGUGCUCAAGUACUGUUCGACUGUAUUACUUUUGGAAUCCAGCCUCCCUGACAUAUUCACAGAGAAGUGUUGGGUUUCUCCUAAUGCUAUCACAAGAAGUCGUAGUAAAGCUUCUCCUGGGAGUACAGGUUCGAGUGCAACUACUCCCUCAACAAACCUGAAGAUUGAAAACCAGACACAUUCAAAGAAAAAUGAGAGAGUUGAAAAUCAUCCUGUUUCACUUUUGGCUGUAAGUGGAAAGGUGGAGGUUGAAGAUGUUAUUGAAUCAAGUUCUGCUAUGCCAGACCCUUUUAACAUGGGCAAACUUCUUGAUGAAAUUGAAAUAGAAUCCCAUCAAUCAGAAGGUGACAUGGAUGAUGAUGAUGAUGAGGAUGAGGAUGAUGAUGAAUAUUGCCCUUCUGAUGAGUCAUCCUCAGAAAUUGAAAGUGAAGUUCCCAGGGGCUGCUGCACUGGGUUCUUAGAACUGAAUGAAAUUUCCAUGCCUUAUCUCUCUGUGACCCUUGUCCCGUUUUAUCGUGGAAUGCAGAAGAUAAAAGUAUUCCAUGAUUGUGCUGAACUGCAGGUUUGUUGUAAACGCUUGAAAGUCCGUUUUGGAAUCAGUAAAAAAUAUUUCGAUUAUGCCGGUCGCCCACAGUUGAAUUUUGUGGUGAAUGCAACACCAAACCUCUGCAAGAUCCUGGAUGAAAUCAAUAGUCGAGCCCAGAGGCUGUGUGCUGAAUCUGGUAGCAGCUCUGAAUGGAGGCCCAUAGUAUCCAGAAACCCCGGCUAUGAAAACUUCCCUACUGUCCGAUUUCAGUUAGCAAGCAUAGUAAAUGGUGAAAUAGUGUGCUGGGCCACAGAGAUAUAUGAGCAAGAAACAGGGAGUGGAAGAGGAAGAAAGAUUGUGUCCAGUAGAUUUGAUAACAAUGCAGAAUUGGAUGGGUUGGUGAGAGCAGGAUGUUUUGUGGAUGUUUACUUCAGCUUGGAUGCAUAUGACUACCAAGGAAGAGCUGGUAUCCGCUUAGUCCUCAAAAAAUUGAUACUGCAUCACAACUGAUACACAGACAGAUCAGGAAGGCCUUGCUUUGCUUUAACACCACAAUUGGUUCUACUCACCACACUUGUUAUUUCAAAUUGCCUCACCCCUCAUUUCACUCUAACUAUUUCAAAAAUCAUAUGCUACCAACCUGCAACAUUUACUUCUAAACUAAUCAACUUUAAAACAAUGUUAGGUUACUGGUAAGGUUAGAUUACUAGUAUGUUAGAUUAUUGGGAAUGUUAGAUUGUUGGAAAUAUUAGAUGGCUAGGAAUGUUAAAUUUAUGUGUUUAAUUAAAAUUGAGGUAUGUAAUAUAUACUUGUUCUAUUUAGUGUUAUCUUUAAUACUCUUAA